AUGGUCAAGUUGCCUAGCCACCGUCUCCUGGCACGGGCGUUUUAUCGUGUUCCGGCUCCGGCUCUGGGUCUGGGUCCAACUGGUGCUGGUGCUGGUGCGAGGGCGUUUGGAGCGUCGGCUGGGAGGGGGGAGAAGGAGAAGGAGAAGGAGCGUGAGGAGGGGGUAGGGGCCAAGGAGCAUGUGCUGGAGGAGGGGGAUACUCAUAAUGUGCAGCACGAUGCAUCGCGGGAGGGGAAAGACGAGAGGGCCAAGGGGAACGGAAGUAGGGCGACUAGUGAGGGGAGUGGCGGGAGUAACGAGAGAGCUAAAAAGGAGUUCCCUGAGACGCCGGAUACAAUUGGGAUGCAGGAUGAGAGGGGAGGGAAGAAUUGA